AUUAUGAUUUAUUCACAAGUGAUCUCCAACGAACGGUUCAAUCCCGCAUUAGCUGUGUUUAAAACAGCCGGUCUGAUCCGGACAACAGCGGGUAUCCAACAAACACAGAACACCCUAAACGAUUCAUGUAAUUUGUCAAGAGGUUCCGAACGAUCUCAUGUUGCUUAUGUCAGAGGAAACCACGAACAGGAAAAGUGUUCUGUCAAAAUGCUCGGCGAACAUUUCAGUUAUGAAUUUGAUUCAUGGCCAAAAAAUGAAUUAGUUUCGGAUUCCUGGGCAAGGAUAGAAAUAUGUCUUCUGUGA